AUGGCCGAUCCUGAGGCUGAGGUACAUGCCCUCCCGGAUUUUGGCUCGGGCAUUAGUUAUCCAUCUAAGCGGGAUAAGUUAGUUAGUACAGCAGCGGUAACCUUCACACGCAGUGUGCCUGAUGUGCACGCACGCGUUGCUGAAUUGCUCAACUUACCAGAGACCGAGCGUGUCCGUUGCUUCCAUUUGCCCAUGUUUGAAAAGGUCCUGGGCUGGAGUGUGCACAUGUAUCUCGACUUAGACGCCGUCCAGAACGGAAUGCAGCACAACACCAACGCGACGCAACUGUGGCUCAUUGCCAACCUGCCAAACGAGCCCCCGGAGGUGCAGCCCGACAGCAUUCACGGCCCGGUGCUGCUGACCGCGGAAAACUUCAAGGAUGAGGAGUACGUGCAGCUGAGCCAAGAAGAGUGGCAAAAGAUAGUGGACAAGUGCAAGGAGGUGCAGCCCAAUGCGCAGUUCCUGCCGGCUGAGCACGUGGCUACACCACCAGGCAUGUCGGAGCCCGAGCAGGAGCAGAAGGCCGAAUAGGUCGCGUCCGCCCGCACGACACGACACGACACGAUGAGCGAAGCGCGGCACGUAGAGCUGCGUGGAAAGAGCUGCGUCCGGUCGACACAAGUGCUGGAUGCUUAGUGGAGGCCGGAAAACGGGUC